GGACCGAUGGAGAGAUAAAACGAGGCAAAGAUUCGGGAAAGGAGGGAAUAGUAUAUGCAUAGCCGGCCACCCUCCGUAGACGAGUUUUUUCAGUAUUUAAGGUGGCCGAAGACUACUGGGUUAAGGAGGCUAGAAACUGGUGCUUUUAAUCAAAGAAUAAACUAUUCAUGGAGGUAAUGCAACAAUUUAACGGCGGGGAGUGUCAAAUGGAGUCGUCGUUCUUGACGGACGUUCCGGCGGCGUGGCGGCCGGGUGAUGAGGAGGUCACGACAGUUGUCGAUGAUAAUGUACUCAUCGCUGAAGUAGUGAAUAACGGCGAGCACAAAAGUGAAGAGCCGAUGCAGGGGAGGAUCUAUGCACGGGCUAUGCCCAGGGCAUCUCAAAUUCCUGGAUCCGCCCCUGAGCCGAUGACAAUGAAUAAUGGAAGUGCAGUUGAGGAAGAAGAAGGCAAGAUAGUCUUCAAUGGCGAAACAAUAUCUCACAAACUACCGUCCGUUUAUCUUGACCAUGAUGCAGCUGAAAUUGAAGGCGCCCCAAUAAGCUCAAACUCUUCUGCUGAGAUUGGAAACGUUGGGGAAAUUCAGAGCCUUGUGAGCGCCGCUCUGAGGGGCACAGUAGACGCCGGAGACUCGGUCGGGCCGGCGGAGGACGAGGAUGAAGUAAUAGAGCUGGAGUUCUUCGACAGCAGAGCAGUAGACAAGCUGCACGCCACGCAUGACGCGUAUUGCCCAAACUGCAGAAGCCCCAUUUCCAAGGUUGUUCUGAGGAUCAAGCGGGAAAGAAGGAGGGUUGAUCCGCCCCCUAAUCCGGAGAAAAAGCUCGAUUUGCUCGGUUGUCUGUCAUGCUUUCGAGUUUUCCUCCCUUCGAGAACAGAAGCAGAUGAAAGCAAUGGGAACCCUGAAGAGAAACAGGAACCAAACAGUGCAUUGCCUGAUGCAGGAAAGUGCUUUGACCUGCACUGGAUUUUUGGGCAGAGAUCAAGAACAUCAAAUCCACAGACAUCUGUCACAUCUCAACCGCAACCAUCUCAUUCUGACCAAGGGAAGAAGAAGCCAGGCGAUGCACAUAUACAAGGUAGUAGUGCUGCUAAUACUUCAUCACAUCCCCAUGAUUCAAAUGGAACUCAGAAUGCUCCUACUCCUUCACGAAAGGAAAUCGAGACUCCAUCGGUGAAAGAAAUGAAUGGGGAUGCAGCUAAACAGAAACUCAAGCACAAUUGGAAGGACUAUGCAAAAACGACGGGGAGUUCUGCAGAAAGAAAUUUUGUCGUGGGAGAAGGGCAUUCAGGGAAGAAGAAACCAGGCGAUGCACAUAUACAGGGUAGCGGUGCUGCUAAUACUUCAUCAGCUCCCCAUGAUUCAAAUGGAAGUCAGGAUGCUCCUACUCCUUCACAAAAGGAAUUCGAGACCCCAUCACCAGAAAUGAAUGGGGAUGCAGCUAAACAGAAACUCAAGCAUGAUCGGCAGUAUUACGCAAAAGCGGAGGGGAGUUCUGCCGAAAGAAAUUUUGUCGUGGGAGAAGGGCAUUCAGGUGCAUGGAUGGAAGAUUCAAAGAAACAAGAACCCGAAAUUAGAGACGAGAAGAACGGAAGCUUUACAAAUAUUAAAGGACGAGACUUGCAAAUUCAAAUUGAUGAAAGCACAAACGAGGCAAGAACUUCAACCUGCAUGCAAGAUCCUAUACAAGUGACCGGAAAAAGUGGUUCACAAUCAAUAGAGGUGGUCAAGAGCAUAGUGUAUGGAGGCCUAGCUGAGUCAAUCACAAGCUUAAGUCUGGUUUCUUCAGCUGCUGCCUCUGGUGCCACCACACUGAAUGUUUUGACUAUUGGAGUGGCAAAUCUCAUAGGCGGUCUUGUAAUCAUGGCACACAAUUUUUUGGACUUGCAUAGCAAUCGCCCUGCAGAAGAGUACCAAGAAGUAUUAGGCCAAAGAAAAGACUUUCCACUUCAUCUCAUUGUUGCAGUGCUGUCAUACCUCACCUUUGGCCUCACCCCACCUGCCAUCUAUGGAUUUGCGUUUCGUGAGAGAGACGAUAGAGACAUGAAGCUUUUAAUGGUUGCAGUGGCUUCUUUUGUGUGCAUCAUUUUUCUGGCCAUUGGAAGAGCUUACACCCGCAGAGCAAAUACGUUUAAGGAUUAUUUGCUGACUGUACUGCAAUACAUUAUUGUUGCAGCUAUGGCUUCUGGUGUUGCUUAUGCAGUGGGUCAUUUGUUUGGGAGGCUGAUGGAUGAACUCGGAUGGUUUGACUCAGCCCCAACCAACCCAAGCAGCGGUCUUCUUCUUUCUAAGGUUCAAUCGGAACAUCUAAACUGGGAUUCAUAUUGAUUCUUGUAAUCACGAUGGGUCAUGCUUCCAUCUUCCGGGAUUUCGCCUCCAAGUUGUUCCAGUGUUUUCCUUGAGGAAAUUUGUUAUUAAACUUGGGAUUCCAUUAAUUCAAUUUUUAUAUGGAUUUGUAUUUUUAUACUCCUUCCCUAUUUAUUUUUGUAUUCCUUGUGACAUAAAUGAAGCCUUGUUUUAUCAUUUGUUGAAAAAAAAUCUUGUCAGUUUUCUCUAUUCCUCUUAAGAAAUACGGAGGAAUAACUUUCUAGCAUCAAAGGCUUUAGGCGCAGCUAGGGUCUGCGAGAUUGGGGUCGGCGAAUUUCCUUCGCUUGACGUUUGCUAGUUUUUUGGUCCGUCUCUGUGCAAGACGAGGGGCUGGAGUUUCGUGCUUAGAGGCUUCAUCGCAGACCAAGGUCACAGAUCGAGAGUCGAUCGAUUUUCUUCUCGACCUGCGAUGAAGGGGGUUUGGUGAUGUACCUAGUAGAUCUAUCUGGAAGUGCACUCCCGCUGCAGUCUGCAGAGGUGCCGCCUGGAAUAUUGAUUGCAGAGGUUUGACUGGUGUUUUGCGAUUUCGCUUGUGGCCAGAUGUUGAGGUUUGAUUAUCCGUUGUUUGUUUUGGCAAUUUUGGUUCUAUUGGUGUCUGAGAUGGAAGUGGUACCGGCGGUCUUUGAUCCCGGAGGAACACGGGCGAUUGGGCCCCGAUGAAAGGGGCUACUCAAUGGGUGGCAAUCUACGGUUGUUUGACGGCCGUAAAGGGUAGAGAUCACCUAACCAUGGGUAGACUAAUGAAGUGGAAUGGAGAACUCCUGAUACAAGUGUAAAAGGAAGAGCAAGAAGUAGUUUUAAUUUCCCCCCUCCUGAACCACCACCACAGAAGAAUUGUGGGUUUAGGGGUUGGAAGAAGAUGCUUGAAGGAUGAAGUCAACUGGUCCAGCACUCAAAGUUUAUUUACUUGUGCUAUUUUCUAAUUUCUAUUUCUUAUUUUGUUGUUAUUUUGUUAAAACACUAAUGGCGGUAGGUGCAUUUUUUUGGUUAAUCCUAGUUACUAGGUUCUUGGUUGGAUGCAAUCAGGCUGACUCAGCCGCUAAUAGCCUCGAACCUCUCACAUGUUCAACGAUUAGUCUCGCUCCUUUUGGGGUGGACUAUUCUAUGUCUAAUCAAGGUUGAGAGGGCCGAUGGGCUUAUGGUUAAUGUUGGUUAGGAGGAGAUUAAGGCUUUUUGGUUGUUGCUCAAUUCUAUUGUUUUCUCGGUUAUACACCGAGAGUAUUGAUUAAUAUAAUAUGUCAGCCCUUUCAAAAAAAAAAAAAA